AUGCCGCUCUGGUCUGGUGGAAGUUUCGCCGCCGUGUUGGCUCUCCACAGCCGACUGGCCAGUGCUAGGCAGGGGUUCCAUCCCCAAAGGGGUCUCCUCCUUCCCUGGAGAACGGAGCUGAUCUCGACUCAACCAACCAGCCAUGGAGGUUCAGAUCCUCGGAGCUCCCAGCUUCACCAGACCGUGAGGCUGCCUGAGAGACCGGCCCAUUCAACAUCAUCAGCUGUCAUCCUAGGCAGCUCUAUGACGGUCAGCGGUCAGGAACCUCCAGAGACGGUCAGCGGUCAGGAACCUCCAGAGACGGUCCGCGGUCAGGAACCUCCAGAGACGGUCCGCGGUCAGGAACCUCCAGAGACGGUCCACGGUCAGGAACCUCCAGAGACGGUCCACGGUCAGGAACCUCCAGAGACGGUCCACGGUCAGGAACCUCCAGAGACGGUCCACGGUCAGGAACCUCCAGCGACGGUCCACGAAUACUCCAAAAGAGUGUACCAGGGUGUCAGGGUCAAACACACUGUCAAAGACCUCCUGGCAGAGAAGAGACAGAGACAGACAAGUGUUCCCAGGUUCAACGCUGGGACAAGUAAUUCCCAGGCAGCCUUUGUGCAGAUGCCAGGAUCCCAUAUGCUUCCUGGUUACUAUAGCAUGAGGAGGCCCCCCUACCUGACUGACUCAGACUUCAGCCCGUCCACUAAACAGUACUCCUCAGAUCCCUACAGCUCAGCCCUGGGGGGAAAGGCCCUCUCCUUCGACCACCCCUCCACUUACCCUGCCUAUAUUGACAGCUACUAUACACCCGAGUCAUUUGGGGACUACCGUGGUGCCACAGCCUUCUCUACCAGCGGAGGAUCCCUCUUCCCCACCUCGUCUCUACCUCAUCUGCUACCACCUCUCCCUGGGGAAUCAUCAAAUCUCCUCCUGAGAGACUCUUGGGAGCAGUCUGACGGACACUCAGUGAGCCAGGAUGAGGUCCUGUGUUCCGAGGGCCCAGUGCCCACCACAGCCUCCUCUGGCCUGGCUUCGCCUGACCCCGACAGCACCUCCCUCUAUCGGCUGAUACCUGGCCGUAGUGGAGGAUCCACCCUGUCCGGCUCCCAGCCCUACUCUCUACACCCCCUGGAAGAGGUGCACUACCCUGGUGCCUCGUACAGCCCCUCAUCCAGCUACCCCUCCAGUUACACAUAUUUGACAUCCCCAGGGGAGACUCCAGGGGUCAAGGUAUCACCUGUGCCCUCGGAGGACCCUGGCAGUGUAGCCGCCACCCUCAGUGAUGCCUCGUGGGCCAAGGAUGACGGCACUGGCUCUUGGUUGCCAUAUGAACCCAGGAAGGCCUAUUGA